CAGGGGGAUUGGCUAGAACGGUCGGGGCGGUGGCUGCGGCUCGCGGAGAGAGGCUGCGUUGGCUCGGCGGCUGUGGGAAAGAGAGCAGGUGGGUCCCGGCGGCCCCCGCCCCUACUGGCCCCGGCCCGCCCUCGGCGACCGAUCCCGGGCCCUCGGGAGCUGCCCCUCUCUCCUGGCCCGAGGCGGGUGGGAGUCGGCGCGCCUGGAGCCUCGGUGGCCCCGCCCCCAGGCCACCCGAGCCAGCCCGCAGCCCCUCUCGGAUGGAGGUCCUUGACGAGUUCGACAGCGAGUUCUCCCAGAGCGUGACCUUCUGCCAGCUCAUCUCCGAGGAGGACUUCGAGAGGCAGGCGGCCACCUACACUGAGCGCGCGCUGCGCCGCCUCUUUCGCAGCAUCGACCGCAACCCCGCGCUGGCCGAGAGGGUGGUGCGCAAGGGCAAGCUGGCCGAGUACGAGGGGCGCGGGCUCCUCUCCUUCCUCUGGGCGAAGUUUUUCUGUGCAGUCCAGGGGGAGCUGAAUUGUUGCAACAGCAUGGGUGCCCUGGAAAUGCACCAGCGCCUGGAACAGCUGAAGAGGAGCAUCCACCGCGUGCACCUCUACUCCCAGGAUGCCAAGAAGAAGAGAAGAAAGCCAAAACUGAAGAAACCAGAACCCAUCCUUUUGCAAGACCGGUCCACCUCCCCAUGCCUGCUACCAACCGUGCUGCCACCUCCACCACUUCCAUCCACUGCUACUACCGUGGCCUCCAUGGUGGCCUCAUCACCCCCUGUCUACACUAUGCCUAGGGUCUUUGGCCCCUUCCCUCCUCUGCCCAGCAAGUCGAUGGAGAAGUUGGAAGUUACAAGGUCCGAAGUGAAAUUAAACUGGGCUGGCCUGUCAUCGAACCCAAAGAGCCACAUGGUUGAUCUGACCCCCUUGGUCCUCAACCCCGGAGGCUUCCAUUUCUCGUACUUGGCUGGAAACAGUGCACAUCAGCUUCAUUGCCCUGGCUACCCCUGGACCUUGGCCUGUAGUGGCUCCCCCAACACCAAGGAGACACCAUCCCCUCCUGUGAAGACGUCCAUCUUCACCCCGCCUGUCUUGCUCAAGUUCCAGCCUGUGCCAAGACCCAAAGAUGACUCUGAAAAUGACCCUAACAGCAUGGAGUCUGUGCCCCACAAGAGGGAUCCGUAACCUCUUUCCUACAGACCAUGGCUAGAUCAAUGAAUAAAGUUCCCAUGGAGGUGCCUUA